CACCAUGGACAGCGGUCCCCUGCAGGGCCUGGACGCGGUCGAGUUCCUGCGCCUCUGGCAACGCUUCGACGCCGACGACAAUGGUUACAUAGAGGGGAAGGAGCUUGAUAACUUUUUUCAUCACCUGCUAAAGACGUUGGGCAGUGAAAGCACCAUAACAGAAGAAAAAGUUCAGCGGGUGAAAAAACGCUUUAUGUCCACGUACGAUGUAACUGCAGAUGGACGCUUACAGAUACGAGAGCUUGCAAAUAUGAUCUUGUCGGAGGAUGAGAACUUUCUCCUGCUUUUCCGAAGAGAAACACCUUUGGACAACAGUGUGGAGUUUAUGCGGAUAUGGCGGCAAUACGAUGCUGAUAGCAGUGGUUUCAUUUCAGCCAGUGAACUCAAAAACUUUCUGCAAGGUCUUUUUCAGCAACAUGGAAAAACAAUUUCUAAGGCAAAGCUGCAGGAAUAUACUGACACCAUGAUGAAGCUCUUUGACAAAAAUAAAGAUGGGCGACUGGAUCUGAAUGACCUAGCAAGGAUUCUGGCUCUUCAGGAAAAUUUUCUCCUUCAGUUUAAACUAGAUGCUUGUAGUUCAGAAGAAAGAAAGAGAGAUUUUGAGAAAAUCUUUGCACACUAUGAUGUUAGCAAGACAGGAGCACUUGAAGGCCCAGAAGUGGAUGGGUUUGUAAAAGAUAUGAUGGAACUUGUCAAGCCCAGCAUUAGCGGCACAGACCUGGACAAGUUCCGCCAGAUCCUGCUACACCAUUGUGAUGUGAAUAAGGAUGGCAAAAUUCAAAAAUCUGAACUUGCCUUGUGUCUGGGAAUUAAAAUUACCCCAUAGGCCUGAAUGUGCUUCUCCGAUGGUUUGCCAAUUCUUGUCUUUUGUGAGAGCCUGCUGGUACUGGUAGAACAUUUGCAGUGCUGUGUUGAUAAUGUUUGUUACGCUGAACCUAGCAGAUAGGGGCAACUCACUGUGGAUAUAAAUAUUCAUGUACAAGGUUGCAGCCAAACAGAAUCCAUGUUAUGAUGAGCAGUAACUAGUUCCAUGCUGUUCCAAAGGAGAAGUUACCUAUGGGAUUUCUAAGUGGUUUCUCAGAAGGGCAUGGGGUCACCGUACCUGGACUGCUGCUACAUAACAUGACAUCGGAUUAUGUUCCUUUGCCCAGGCUACAUCCCUAAAACUACUGCCCCUGUAUUCCUUCUUAGUGCUCCAUGUUUGUGACAAUUGUGUGAUGUAUGAAACUGACUGUACUUCUUUUUUUAAGGCAUACGAGCAUUAUAGUACUGGAGGCAGCUGAGUGUAUUUGCAUAAGAAUAAAAGCAACAGUUUAGAAAA